ACUUGCAUGUCAACAACAGAGUGCGGACACAUAACCACGAAAGGAGACUGAUGAUGGACGAGCUGGUGGACGUGUUGAAGUGCUGGUUCCCCUGGAGCCCGGCGGCUGGUCUGUGUCCGUCGGACUGUUCCUGCUCCUCCUGGGCCUCCUCUACUGACUCAUGGCUCAUCAAUCAGUGCAGGCCUCUGCUAAAUCAGAGAUCAAUGGUGGCGUAUCGACGCGCUGCUGUUCCGAGGCCGUUAGCGAUGAGGAGGUAUUCUAUAUACCCAUACUCGGUUCUGGAGCGUUGUGGCGUGCGGCACCCGAAACCCAUGCCUUUCUUUGGGAACCUAAUGCUGUUCCGACAGGGCUUUUUGGACCCUCUCAAGGACUUGAUCAACACGUAUGGACGAGUUUGUGGAUAUUACCUAGGCAGGAAACCUGUUAUUGUGGUUGCGGAUCCAGACAUGCUGAGGCAGGUGAUGGUCAAGGAUUUCAACAUGUUCCCUAACAGGAUGAGAGUGCGGUUCUCCAGUAAGCCGAUGAGUGAUUGUCUUCUCAUGCUGACCGAUGACCAGUGGAAGCGAGUGCGCAGCAUCCUCACGCCCUCCUUCAGUGCUGCCAAGAUGAAAGAGAUGGUGCCAUUGAUCAAGACAUGUACUGAGACAUUACUCACCAACCUUGAAGGACAUGCAGAAAGUGGCCAGACCUUUGACAUCCACAAGUGUUUUGGCUGCUUCACCAUGGACGUAAUUGGCAGUGUGGCCUUCGGGAUGCAGGUGGACUCCCAGAAUGACCCCAACGACCCGUUUGUGCAUCACGCCCAGAAGUUCUUCUCCUUCUCCUUCUUCCGGCCAAUCGUGUUUGUGUUCAUCAUGUUUCCUUUCCUGAUUCCCGUCCUGAGGUUUCUGCCCAAUAAGAAUCGCGAUGAUAUGAACACAUUCUUCAUCAGCUGCAUCCAGAAAAUGAUCCAGCAACGAGAUGAGCUGCCGCCCGAACAGCGGCGACGCGACUUUCUACAACUUAUGCUCGACUCACGGACCUCCAAGGAGUGUGUGUUAAAUUUCGAAAGCACUUUGACGCCCAACCAAGCAGACGAGGCAUCUCCCUCUACACACACACACUCCACCGCGCAACACAGACUCAGCGGCUCGACGGCCCAGGAAAGCGCCCAGGAGUCCACCGCACACGCCCCGACACAAGGGGCAGCGCAGAAGCGUGUGAUGACUGAGGACGAGAUCGUGGGUCAGGCCUUCAUCUUCCUACUGGCGGGCUACGAGACCACCAGCAGCACGCUGGCCUUUACCUGCUACCUGCUGGCCACACACCCAGAAUGCCAGCAGGAACUGCAGCGCGAGGUCGACCACUUCUUUAGCCGACACGACACUCCAGACUAUAAUAACGUUCAGGAGCUGAAGUACAUGGAUAUGGUGGUAUCAGAGACCCUCAGGAUGUACCCUCCAGGCUUUAGGUAUGCGAGGACUGUGGAGGAGGACUGCAUGGUGAGUGGACAGGUCCUGCCUAAAGGAGCAACGCUGGAGAUUCCAGCAGCAUUCCUACACUAUGACCCUGAGCACUGGCCUGAACCACACAAAUUCAUCCCAGAGAGGUUCACGGCAGAGGCGAAGGCCAGCCGCCACCCCUUUGUGUAUAUCCCCUUUGGGGCGGGGCCUCGUAGCUGCGUGGGCAUGCGAUUGGCCCUACUGGAGAUGAAGAUGGCACUGACUCUUAUUCUCCAGCGCUUUACUGUGGAGGCCUGCAGCGAGACCAAGGUGCCACUGGAGUUAAAGUCCCAAAGCACUCUGGGGCCGAAGAACGGCAUCUGGGUCAAAAUCACCAAAAGGGACACAUCACACAGGCACACACAGAAAUGACACCGGAAAGGCACAGGACUGUGUCUUGAUUAAUUAAGUGCUGCACUGAUUAACAUUUGAGUUGUAUUGUAACGUUUAAAUUUAGAGAUUAAAUGGUCUCUGGGGUGCCCGGCAGUAUUUGCUGCCAACUAUCACACAAAUCAAACAACACAAACACGUUUUAUACAUUUCAAAUCAUAUAUUAUGAUAGUUUAAAUUAAACCAAAAAUAUCCAUACACAACUUAAAUAAUCAAUGUCCCUCCAUACAAUCGAAAAUAAAAUGAUAUAAACAAAAAAAAAAAAGUAUGAAAGAGUCUGAGUCACGGAAGGAAAGUGAGUUGUGGAAUAUGUGGAAUUAGUUGUUAUACAGGCAGAAAGGGAAAGUGAACUCGGAGAUGAGUGUUGAGUUACCAGCGGGAGACUAGCCAGGGGAACUGCAGAAUAGGCCUACAUGUACGACUUGAACCAGGGAUCUUGGCAACACCCCGACAAGAGAAAGGAAAACAUCUUGCCAUGCUGCCGAUCCAUUCCGUCGUGCGCAACACAAAGUAGUUUGAGCCGGUCCUAUUUUGCUCUGGAUCCGCGCUGCUGCAUAGUAAUUCCUUCAAGGGAUUAAUCCACAAGGGUACGAUCCAGAGGAAUCCAAUGGAACUACAUCUAGUGUGAAAACUCUGUUUAAAAUGCUCCCGCCACGUCUCACAUGCCUUCGGUAGCCACCCUCUCCGAUGGCGCUUCCGUGGUAAUUAGUGCUCUCCCCUGCAGCUUUGGCCAAGCAGCAUUUUAUCGUCAGCUGACUGCGUGAUGUUAACAACCCCAAUUACGUUUAAAGAACCCGGUUGGAUAAGCCCAUGUCUAUGGGAUAAGCCCAGUGAAGACUAUAGAGAUAUAUACUUUUUUUUACUAUAAAGAAUAUGGAGCGGUCCGCUACAGUAUGUUCUACCAAUCAACAGUUAAUUUGUUUUUUGUUUUUUUAAGAAAUGAACUGAAACCAGAAUAUAAGUUGUAAAUGAGAUGUGAAUGCAGAAGUGCCUCUUACUUUCUGCUUUGGUUACAAAAGUAACUCAUCUAGGUCACUAGGGGGAGCUCCUUGGAAAGAAGGGAGUUGUGAAAGAAGGGAAUAUGGCAUUAUGAAUAAUAUGUGAAGAGAUCAAGGGGUUAGCAGGGCCUGGAACUGCUUGAGCUCAAAUACUGACUUCUUUAUAAUAGCAUCUGCACACACAUUCACUCACGCACACACACACACACACACACACACACACACACACACACACACCAAAAGAAAAGCUGAAACACAGGCACACAGUUGUGCCCACAUAUAUCUGCAGCACCAGCACGUGGCCCUUCUUCUGCAACAGAAGAACAGCAGUAUGAACAUAACUCUGAUACAAUAUAGAGGCAAUGCACCGACAGCAGUCUGGAGAAAGAGAUCUCCCAAUUCCUGUAGCAUAGCAGCUCUUUUCCAUUUCAAUUUAGGAGGGGGGGCAGUAUUCCUACACAAACACCAAACUUCCUAUGGCUGUUUUAUAAACGAUAACACCUGCUCAGAGUGUGGCAGAGGUGCCGUUCGCCCUAUAAAGAGUUUGUGUUGUCAUUAUUUUAAGGUAAAAAUACUCUUUCUGGGGCCUUUAACUGGCUGUUGUGUGAAAUAAUACUGAAUUACUCAGAGGUACUGUGUGUGUGUGUGUGUGUGUGCCUGACAGAGGGUUCUGGAACAACAUUUGGGUCAGAGGGUUUGGAUGAGGGCCAUAAGCUGUGAGACACCAAUCUGAUAUUCCACCAGGUUCGUGUCCUGUAAACUAAGAUAACCUCACCCUCAGACAAGGCCAUGUUGGGGCAUUGAGCCACAAAGAGAAAUGCUUCAGCAACUUUGAAUUCUCAGAUCCUGCUAUAUUUCAAAAGACAAAACAAACUACAAAGGUGCACUAUAGCACUUUGCCCAAGAUUUGUGCUAGACAGCUCCACAGAAGAAUAAGGUCAGCCUUUCUGUUCUACUUGAUUUAUUUCCCCGAGGCUUAAAUGUACAUAGUUACAGAUAAGAGUGUGACAUGAUUUUACUGAAUACUGAAUUUUACUGUUUACAAUGUACUGUGAAAAUGAUCACUGCUGAGGGACUGAGCCUAAAUGAGAUAUUCUCUGACAUGUACAGUAUAUUGUGGAAGCAAUUCUUCAAAAAGUGAAGUGUAAAUCUUAGACUGCAAUAAAAAGACUGCUCAUUAAAA